AUAUCCGGUACGAAAAUAUCGGGCAACAGGUGGGAGUGGUAGUAGUCAUUCAAGUAACGGUGGCGGCACUGUACGCGGCGGUGGUACAAAUGGAUAUACAACUAGUAAUGGGGGUUGUGAAGAUGGUGGCCAACAGAAUGGUGGUAGUGGAAGUGAUGAUGAGACACAAACACAACGCACUAACGACGGCAGUGGAAACAACAACACUUCUGAAGAAUUGCAACCUUUACAACAAGAUGACAGUGAUGGUGGGGAUUCGGGUGGUACAAAGGUGAAGUUAAAACCUCACACAGUUGGAGGACCACUGUUAGCACACUCUGAAAUAUCCGAAAGUCAACAGAAUUUCUUCAGAAUGUUGGAUGAAAAAAUUGAAAAUGGACCUGAUUAUGAUUCAUCAAGUGAAAUUGAACAAAUGAAAGAGAAUGAAAGACUGACUUCAUUAUUACAAGACUGGGAAACAGCAAGUGCAGCAAGUAGAUCCUUACCAUCCACACCAAGACAUUAUCCUCAUCAACAACAAAAUACCCAAUCACAACAUUAUCCGCAACAACAUCCACAUUCUCAACAACAUGUUUUACAGCAUCAAUCCUCAAUCACAAGCAGUAAACAUCAUCCACCGCAUCAUCAACAAAUGGGACCAAUACCACAAAAUCAUCAAAAUUACAUAGCAAAUACUGCCACCAUACAAAAACAACAAAUUAUCCAUCAACCUGCUAUGAAUAUGUUACAUCAUCAUCAUCCAACGUAUGGUGGACCUCCUGCAGGAAGUGUAACUAUGCAUAAUCCACCCUUUCAAACGUACAGUCCUCCCACACAUCAUCACACUGGAAAUCCAUCCAUAGCUCAACAACCGCAUUCCGCUCCACCAUUGACAGUAUUCUCGAAAGUUGUACCAGGCAUGCAAUACACAGAGAGUUUAUCAUUGAAUUCACAAAUCAAACAAAAUUUAACAAAUUUUGUUGCACAAAGACAAUUACAAAUUGCUGCAGCUCAACAAGCACACGUUGUUCAACAUUAUCAUCAUCCAAUGUCAAUGGUGGCGCCACGUGAUGUGCCAUCAAUGGUACAAAAUUACUCGGGUACAUAUUCGAAUACGUCACAAAGUUCCUCUUCUCAAGUCAUGUCUUCACCAAUACAUAAACAUUCCCGAAUACCAUCAGCUAAUAUACAGCCGACACAACAAACACCGCCUCAUUUGGUACGACAAAAUAGUGGUAAUAUUGUGUAUAACGCAGCAUUACCACAGCAUUCAUCGAUAAGUAUGUACACAUCUCCGGCGUCAAGUGCUGCUAGUCAACAAUCCCCAUCGGCACAGUCAUCAAUUAAUCCAGAUUACACGAAUGGUGAAUUAAUACUCCAGCAACAAUUAUAUAAUCAACAACUAAAAUCGCAUUUAUCGAAAGAAAUACAACAAUACAAACAAUCCAGGGAACAAUUAUUAAUAAAACAACAACAGCAACAACAGCAACAAGAACAACAAAUAUUAGUACAAACACAACAUGCGAUAGUAGCACAACAUAAUAAACCAACAAGAAUAAUGCCAGCAAAUCCACAACAACAACAACAGCAGCAAUCAUAUCAGAGUAGUGUUGAAAUGAAUUUAAAUCGAACUGCUACCACUGGUACAGAUCCAAUGAGUCCAAAAAUGGUGUAUAGAAAACAAAAUACUAGCUCUACCACGACAACAGCACGUCAAUAUUCGCAAGAGAUGACGUGAUAUUAAUUCAUUCUUGUAAUUAGUUACUGUUCGAAUUAUUUAUUUUAAUUAAUGUUACUUCUUCAUUAGUGGCGUGCAUUACAUAUAAACAGAAAGACACUGCCCACCCUACAUAAUCACUUAGAAAAAAGACAAACCCGAAGCAUU